AUGGCGUCGGCCAAAUACAUCUGCCUUCCAGCUGGUUACCAGCUGGAAAUGAUGUCUGCUUCCAAGCUGAAUUCCAGCUGGUCAAAACCCAUCUACUAUCCAGCUGGUUACCAGCUGGAAAUGAUAAACCUUCUCGACGAUGGCCUUCAUUCACUGGAGCUGAAGAAUGCAUUAUCGGGAGAGAGGAAGCCACAAUGGAAUUUCCUCAUCAGCAAUGGAGAAUUCUAUGCCUCUGCCGAUGUAUCGCCAACCAGCUGUAUCGGCCGCCGGUGUGGCACCAUCGGUCAUAGACAGGGGAGUGCAUCCAUUAUUGUCACCUCAUAUAUCAACCACAACAGACAAAGCCUCGAAUCAACUGACUUGGAAGAAGAGAAGAGUGACACUUGUGUGCAAAUGUACCAGCCAGUGGAAGGGGCGUUCUUUGUUCUUUGUUACAGUGAUGGGUUUUACAUCAGCUGCAUGAUUCAAAAGUUGGCAAAAAUGGCAGAACAAAUUAGUGGAUCAUUUCAACUCACCAAAGAACAAAGAGUCACUCUGAUUCAAAAUAAGGUGGAAGACUCAAACCGUAAAUUGGAUGCAUCAUUUGCAAGUGGUGUGACAGCAAGUCAGAUCUAG